GGUCUCCCCGGACCCUGCAUUCACUAUAUCUGGUCUCCCACAGUACACAGAACAUGGAAAUACAAUUAUUUUAGUAAAUAUAAAGUGCUAAAGACCUUUUCUCAUCAGCAGUUAGAGCAGUUGUCACUCUUGUGACUUCAGGUGAGCACUAGUUAAAGCUUGUAGGAUGAGUUUUCUUUCUGCUCUAGGAGGAUGCAGAACCCCUGACCCUCUGUCUGGACAGUGCUGAUUGGCCCUGUGCUGAUCACAUGCAAUCUCUCAAGAAAAAAAAAAACCUCUCUACAAUACACACUAAACUGAGCAU